GCCUCGUCCUCCCCCUGCCCUCCCCUCCCCGUUAGUUACCCCGCCCGUCAGCUCAGGCUCCUUCAGGCUCUUUCUAAGCCUACCCUAGUCCGGUCCGGUCCCGCAGUUACCAUAGAGACGGCGACGACGACUGAGGCGCCACCGCCGCCUGCUUGCAAGCCAUGGGCCGGAGUCUGCUGCUGAGCUGUGCUAGGCUGAGCCGGAGGGAACCUCGACUCUGCUUAAAUGGAAGCCACUUCUGGGAACUUGAUGGUCUCUACUGACAUAGGCUUUGCAUAGCAGCUGUGCCACCCCAGAGAUUGCAAUGAGUGGAGGAGGGGAACAGCCAGAUAUUCUUACUGUGGGGAUAUUGGUAAAAGAAAGAUGGAAAGUGAUAAAGAAGAUUGGAGGUGGAGGAUUUGGAGAAAUUUACGAUGCAAUGGACAUACUUACUCGAGAGAAUGUUGCACUGAAGGUCGAGUCAGCACAGCAGCCAAAGCAAGUUCUGAAAAUGGAAGUAGCUGUGUUAAAAAAACUGCAAGGGAAAGAUCAUAUUUGUCGAUUCGUAGGCUGUGGAAGAAAUGACAGAUUUAAUUAUGUGGUCAUGCAAUUGCAGGGGCGGAAUUUGGCCGAUUUGCGUCGAAGCCAAACUCGAGGGACUUUCACAAUUAGUACAACAUUACGUCUUGGGAAGCAAAUUCUGGAGUCUAUCGAGAGCAUUCAUUUGGUGGGAUUUUUACACAGAGAUAUUAAACCAUCUAAUUUUGCUAUGGGACGCUUUCCUAGUACUUGGAGGAAGUGUUAUAUGCUGGAUUUUGGCUUGGCACGUCAGUUUACAAAUUCAUGUGGGGAUGUCAGACCACCCCGAGCUGUUGCCGGUUUUAGAGGUACAGUGCGGUAUGCAUCAGUCAAUGCUCACCGAAAUAGAGAGAUGGGACGUCAUGAUGAUCUUUGGUCUUUGUUUUACAUGUUGGUGGAGUUCGUGGUUGGACAACUGCCCUGGAGGAAAAUUAAAGACAAGGAGCAAGUAGGCUCUAUAAAAGAGAGGUAUGAUCACCGGCUGAUGCUGAAACAUCUCCCUCAAGAAUUUAACAUCUUUUUAGAUCACAUUUCUUCUUUAGACUAUUUUACUAAACCUGACUACCAGCUUCUCAUGUCCGUUUUUGAUAACAGUAUGAAGAAUUUUGGGGUGACAGAGAGUGAUCUGUUUGAUUGGGAAAAGAGUGGGGCUGAUGGUUCUCUUACCACUACCACCACUUCAACUACUCCUCAGCUACAUACUCGACUGACCCCAGCUGCUAUAGGAAUUGCCAAUGCUACACCAAUACCAGGAGAUUUAUUACGAGAGAAUACAGAUGAAGUAUUUCCUGAUGAACAACUCAGUGACGGUGAGAAUGGUAUCCCUAUUGGAAUCUCACCAGAAAAGUUACCAGAGUCUCCUGGACAUCGUCUUCAGGAAAAGGAUGUGUGGGAAGAAAUGGAUGCUAACAGGAAUAAGAUUAAAUUGGGCAUCCAUAAAGCUACUACAGAAGAAGAAAACAGUCAUGAACCAAUCAAUGGAAUGUUUAAUGCACCAAGCCUUGGUUCUCCAAUUAGAGUCCGCUCAGAGACCACACAGCCAGAUCGGGAUGUUCCUCUGGUACGAAAGUUACGAUCAAUCCAUAGUUUUGAACUGGAGAAGCGCCUGACUUUGGAGUCAAAACCAGAUGCAGACAAAUUUCUGGAAAUCUGCAUGGAGAAAAAGAAAAGAGAGCUUAAUGGUGGCAGUGGCAAAGAACCUGUAAUUCCAGCUUCUCAGAGAAUACGGGCUCCCACAGCUUCUUCCGGUCAGGAACAUGUCUGGCAUUAUGAUGAAGAGUAUCUGCCUAAAGCUUCCAAGCUGGUUUCAAGUCCUUCUCCAGAACAGGGUGAUGGUGGUGUUAGCAAUGGAUACGUUGCUGUCAAUUUGAAUUCCUGCCAGCAGGAGGUAGACUCCAAGGAAUGGGUGAUUGUUGAUAAAGAGCAGGACCUUCAGGAUUUCAGAACUAAUGGUGCUACAGGGCAUAAAACAACUGGAAGUCCUUCUGAUGAAGAACCUGAGGUACUCCAGGAUUUUGAAGAGUCCCCCCAAGAGGAUAAACUUGGACUUCAAACCAAGCCUACACCUGAUGGAGCAGCAUUUGAUUUGGGCGCUGAAUGUCAUGGAAUUGCAGCUUCUGAACAGUUUACAGAUCAACUAGAACUCCCAAUUGGAAUUGCUGGUCAUGCUUUUGCUGUCACACCUACAAGCCUAUUGGAGGCACAAGCAGAAGGGGCUCUUACUCCACUCAGCUCAUUUCAUAUCCCGCAUUUCUCCAUCCCACGAAUUUCAAGUCCCACCAUCUUCUAUACCCUGAACCCUAUAUCCCACUUCAUCACCCACAUGGAUCCUAAGAAAGUGACAAGCUUUCCAAGGAGUCAGUCAGCAGAGAACCACUCUUCCUCUUCCUGGUCACCUUCCUGUAGGCAACUUCCUGUUAUUCCCUCUGGAAACAAGUUUCCCCCUGUCAUUCACAUCUCAAAAGCACAACUCCAGCAGGUUACAAUCCCCAGGCCAUCAAUGGCAUCCACACAGUCUACUUCCGAGAGUUUUCAUUAUGGGCAUCAUCUAGACAAGAAAGAUCGGGAUCCUCGGGUUUUGGAACAUAGAGUUGAACUUUCCUCCCCUAAGGAGAAUGUUGCUGGCUUGAUUGAGGCAAAUGGUGCAUUGACUUUUAGCAGCAGUAGAACAGAUUUAAUUCUCAAAUUAGAUUGCAACCAAGGGACACUUGAUAAAGAUGUUGACGAAGGCAUUGAAAAUCAGAAUAAUAGCCAAACAAAUUUACUUGAACAAUACAUGAAGAAACAAGAAGGAAGGGAAAAUAUGAACCUUGUUGAAGGAAUAGAAGACAAAGAGCCUUUCAUUAUUUGUGAAGAUAUUGAAAUACAAAUUAAAGAACCCUGCUUGACUGCUUCAAGAAGCACAGAAUCUGUUUUGGGUGGACCUCAGGUUAUUACAGACCCCGAAGAACCAAGACCUUUGGCUAGCUGCUCCUUACUAAAUCAGGGCACAAAACAGGAAUUACAGAAACAGUCAGCUGCUGAAACAUCAGAUGUUUCUCUGUCAAGAAGUACUGACCUAUUUGCUUACAAACAGGAAAGUCAAGAAAUACAAGUACAUGAAAAUGGCUUCCAUGAUGAGGAUAUUGAUCAUGCUAAGGAACUGCAAUGCCAGCAAGUAAAACUUGCCACACUUCUGCAAGAAAAGGAAAAAGAAGAGCAAAGUAUUCAAAGAAAUGGAGAACCAUUCUAUUCUAUUUCAGAGAGUGAAACCUCUAGUCAGUCCAAAAAAGAAUUGGUUAGAUCACCAUUUGCAGCCAGGCAGAGUCGCAUACCGGUUUUAGCACAAGAGAUAGAUUCCUCAUCAGAAUCUUCUCCUGUUUCAGCAAAGGAGAAGCUACUUCUAAAAAAGGCCCACCAAACAGACUUGGUUAGACUAUUGGUAGAAAAGAGACAGCUCAGAUCUUUCCUGGGUGACCUUUCAAGUGCCUCCGACAACUCACUGAAGGAAAAAGUAGUUGCAGGUCCUGUACCGCUUUCAGAAGAUGUAUUGACCUCCUUUUCCAAAUUAACAUUGGACACUCAUUUACGGAGUCAAGUACAAGAGAGCUUUUUGUCAUCAAGUAAUCCUCAACCCAGAAAGAGCAAAAUACCAAGACCUGUAUCUUGGACUACUACAGAUAAUACUAGCAGUUCAAACUCAGCUCAGUUUUUUCCUCGGCCACCCCCAGGAAGGCCACCAACAAGGUCUGGAGUAGAGGUUAGGUUGCGGAGGUACAAAGUGCUAGGAAGUAGCAGUUCUGAUUCAGACCUGAUCUCCCGCCUGGCUCAGAUCCUUCAGAAUGGAUCUCAAAAACCACGAAGCCCUUCACAGUCUAAGAGUCCAGGAUCUCCACAUAGCCCCAAGACUCCACCCAAAAGCCCAGUCACUCCCAGACGCAGUCCCAGUGCCUCCCCUAGGAGCUCUUCUCUGCCCCGUACUGCCAGUUCUUCACCAUCUCGGGGUGGAAGGCCACACCAUGAGCAGAGAAGUUCAUCCCCACAUCCUGGAAGGAGUAAAUCGCCUCCUAGCCUCUCAGGCUCUUCAUCUUCCAGGAGAUCCUGUCAACAAGAGCACUGCUACAACAAAUCUAGCAAGAACGGUCUGAAAGGAUCUAGUGGCUCUUGCCACCACUCUUCUAGCAUUAAACCUCCCACUGGGAAGAACAAAUCAGCCAAUAAACUUAGCAGAUAGGAACUGAAUCUUGUCAAGUGUCAACCCCCCUCCCCAGUCAAACUAUUGCAUGUUGUGUCUGUGUACUAUGUAUUUAAAAAAAAAAAGAAUCGUCUUCAAAGAUUAGCAAUUAUCCUGACUUUUGGAGAAAAGCAACUUUUAAGAUGAAUUAUUUAUAUGGCUCACUUUGUAUAGGAGUGGCCAGGCAUUGCCCAGGAAAGGGCAGCAAGCAGAUCAGGGAAGCUGGAGAGCGGAGAUGGAGCAGCCAGAAAGUCCAUCUGGAAUCACAUUGUUUGGGAGAUUAGUGUUUUAAUAUGAUUUUGCUUUCCUUUUUAUUUAUUAAAACAAUAAGCUGACUCUAGAUUUUCGUCAAGGAAAAUUAUAAAACCUGAAAGAAAUGUGCUGGGACAUUACUAUGCUUGAGGUUUAAUCAGCUGCUAUGUUUUUAAAGAUUUUAAAAAGCACAUUAUUUGGGACAGCAAAAUUCCUCAAAAUCUUCUGUGUAAUAUUGGUCUUUGUCACAAACAGUUUCAAUUUGUCCAUUGCCCACAUUCCUUCUUGAUUGAUAAUUAUCUCAUCAACAGAAAAAAAGAACUUGUACCACUAAAUAUUAGAUAUGGGCUACAUUUAGUAUUUAUAUAAUGGCACGGGAUUACAACCCUGAAUUUUAAGAGCUUGAGGUAACAGUGUGUACUUAUAUUUACAGAUCCCAAAGCUUCUAUUAUCUGUUCGGGAUCUGAUCCAUUUGAUUACCUAACUGUUUAUUCAUUUCUAGGGCUAGUUCCAGUUAUAGAAUAAAAGUCAGAUAAUUUUAAAUUAUGGUAGAAAUACAAAGGGCAUGGGAUCAUGUAACAUCUUUAUGGUUACAUUAAUCACUUCUCAGGGCACCACUGAGAGAGCCAAUGUAAAACUUAACUAGAAUCUUUUAUCCUUUAUGAAAUACUUCAUUCACUUAACUUUACUAUAAUGUUCAUCUCCAGUGUUAUCAAACUUAUGAAGAGGUGAAAUGUUUACAUGUUUAAACUUGAAACUUUAUCCUUAAUGUAGAAGAACAUUGAAGCUUUAAUCUUCAUAAAGGUCACUGAAGAAUACUAGAGAAGAUUAGCAAAUCCUUUAUUUUCUUUAGAACCCAGGAGGUAAUACUUGCUAGGAUAAGGUUACAGGACUGUCUGAAAUGUUAAUGUCUCUAAUCCUAUAUUGUAUAAAAAAAAGUAGUAUGCUUCUUUCCCAGUAUGUACAGAGCCAAUAGCUGACCAAUAGUGCUAUAUCUAGGAAAGGGAUCCCAGCAUCCUCAUGAUUUCACCAUAGUGUAGGUAUACAUGGUAGGUUCCCCCCUCCCACUUCCUCCAAAAUAUGCUUGAUUUGAAAUAUGGAAAAGAUACUGAAACAUGUUUAAAGAUAGUCUUCCACUUCCCCAAAAUAUUCCUUAAUAAGAUUGGUGAUUUCUAUUUUUCCCAAACAUAGGUGUGAUUGAUUUAGAUUGCCAGAUUCAGAAAUCAGUGAUGAACGGAAUACAAUGCAGAAUGUAAAAUAAGUAUGACCAGUUCUUUAAAUGGAGAUCUGGAUUAGAGGAUGCUAAAUAUAAGAGGGACUUUGGCAAUUACUGAUCUGCUUGCUGUAAGUCAGUGUUUCCCAAACUUGACAAUUUUAAGGCACGUGGACUUCAACUCCCAGAAUUCCACAGCCAGCGUUGCUGGCUGUGGAAUUCUGGGAGUUGAAGUCCUCAUGCCUUAAAAUUGUCAAGUUUGGGAAACACUGCUGUAAGUCAUACGCCUUAGCCAGCAUAAAUUCUUUUUAAUUUAAUGUUAUUUUAUUUGCUGCCAAAAUUGUAACUCUGGAUAAAAAAGGGAACAUUUUCUCUGUGAGCUAACACAUUUCUAAUGCUGCAUUGAAGCUGCACUGAAUUUCUUUUGUUCUGUCAGAAUGUGUUGGAAAUUUUUUACUCUUAAAUAUGUAUUUUUUUCCCCAUAAGUAAUGUAGCACAGUGUGGAAUUGUAGCCUCAUUCAGGUUUCAAGCACUACAGAGGGAGUACACUAGCUGGAGCAUAUUUGCUAUACUUUGAGAAACUGAAUGAUUUAAAAGAUCUGUUGUAUUAUAUUGUAUAAUAGGUGCUAUACCAAUAAUUGCAUGUUCUUAUAGUAAGUUAUAUAUUAUAAAUAUUUAUAAAUAUAUACAUACACACAUAUAUGCUUCUAUAUACUUUCCUGAUUCUCCCAUUAUACAUUUGUACAAUUAUGGACCAUAGAUCAUGCUGUAUUCUUUCAGUUACGUGCCUGAAUUAUAUGCCCUUGGCCUUGUUAUUCCUGUUUGCUGGCAUGCACAAAGCUGAAUAUUUUUCAUGCUCAGUUCCAAACAGAAAGAAUACUCAAAAAGGAGUUGCUUGGCAAUUCAGUGUUUUCGUAUCAGCAUUGACAGUUCACUUUUACAAUUCUGAAUAAAAUGGAAGGACUUUGAGAAACUGUGUGUUUAAUAGCCAAGGUCAGUGUAUGGUCUUGAUUUUGUCUCUUCAUCUUCUUUCUGUAUCUUUCUAAUCCCUUAUGAGAACUUUUUCUGUUAAAGUGUUUGUCACGAUGCUGAUGGUGAUAAAUAGAUAUGUGUGAUAUUAAAAAAAUCAAGACUUUCUCUUCAUCUUGCCUUGCCAGCUUUUACCCCUGUUCUCUACUUGCUGCAACACUGCAGGGACUUUCUCUUGAGGCUACUGAUAGUAAAAACGUUACUUUUUUAAAAAAAACAUUUAUCAGCUGUAUGGAGAUACAUUCAGCCAAGCACGUUAUUCCAAUAAUUUAGGUGCUUGAAAUAUUCUAUAUAUUCACCCCUUUUCCAAUAAGUGCUUCCAGGGAAUAUAUUUUGAAGCUGUAUAAUUUGAGUUGAUAUAAAACAACAAAGCUAUAUGAUUUCUUUAUGAUAAUUUCUUUUUGGGGAUUGAUAUUAAUUCAUCUGGUUUCUCAAGGCCAACUUUAAAAAGCCUUCCUUUACAUAUAACCAUUUUUAAUUUAUUUGCAUUAUCUGCAAGAUUUUUUUAAAGUAUAUAUAUUUUACAUUAUACUUAAGGAAUAAUAUUCCUAGAAAAUUCCUAGAGGAACUCCUUUAUAAAUAUGUCCAGAGCAUCAGUAUUGUAAGAACAGUUUCCCCUGCAUGUAUGGAGAUGCAUAUCCCAAAGAUUUAUUUUCAUGCUUUGCUGUCAGGGACAAAACAAUAUCUAUUCUAUGCAUUAACAAAAAGAAUGUUGUAGAAAUAUACAUUUCUCUUACAAAUGGUAUGUGUAUCCCAAUAUUACCAUAAUAUUCAGAUUCUUUUAUGUUUAAAUCAUUUGUAUUUCUUUCCAUGUUGUAGAAAUGGAAGGAGGCAUGUUCCAGACUAAAUGGUCAUUGUGGAAAGCACAGGUUAAUGUCAAUGUGUUUUUAAUGUAUUGAGUGGAUUCACUUUUUAGGUUGUCAUUCUGCCAAAACAUAGUCUAAUAGUUAUUAGAAAACCAAUGGUUUACUGACAAAGCUUUAAAUUAUUGUAAUAGAGUACUAUCAUCACUCUCAUCUUUCUGUAGUAAUCAGUGAUUUUGUUACUAAUGUGCAUUCUUCUUUCCACAACAUUUACUGCUUCGGGAAGCAAACCAAAAAAGUAUUGUGAGUUAAUCUUGAUUACAAUACCUUUAGUUAAUAAAAUAAUUGUGCUCGUAACUUUGGGAAAGAAUGUAUUAAUCUAGUUUGUCUUGAAUAGUAAGUUUCAAGAUUAAUAUGUUAGUAAAAGACAAGACAAUUAAUAUGCAUGGUUUAAUCUGAAUAAGCAAGUCCUACCCUCCACAGCUUGAGCCAGAAUAAGAAAUGUUAUUUUUUAUUCUUUCUGUAGAGUUCAUAGAACAUUUAGCCAAUUAAACUGUGAGAGCACCAUCUACCCUCAUUCAGACAUGCUCUGUUAUAUGAAUGAUUACAUGCUGACACUGUUGCUGCUGUGCUGAAAAGUUACUGCUUUAGGAAAAGGGUUAUAGCAAGAAUUUAAAAAAUUAUUCCUGCCAGACCUUUGAAGGUUGGUUGGGGGUGGCGGAUAAUUUUUAGAAUUAAAGCUGCAUUGCAGGCACAUUAAUCCUUACAUCAUAUUUUUGUCUACAGUAUAAUUGUACUGCAUGGAACCUAAAGCAGCUGAAACUUACCAUCUGUAGUGUCUUUGUAGGCAAAUGCAUAUUAUUAGAAUGAAACAAACACAUACGUUUACAUUUGCAUCAGAGAUAAUUUGUCCAUUUAUAUUGUAUUUGUAUCAAAAACAUGGAGCUCCAAGUGUAGCCUUCUUUCCUUAGGUUUCUUAAAAGUUAAGCAAAUGCCUUGACAUUUUGUUCUUAAUAGUUAAAUUUUGUUGGUCAUCUUUCUUUUCAAGUAGGACUGUUCUGAUCAGAGCUAUAGGUCUUUGCUCUCAAGUUUGGUUAGAUGUAGUUCUCUAAUAGCUCAGUUCUUCCUGCAAUAAAUAUAAACAAUACCAAUUGUCUAUUCUGUAAUAGUAAUCUGUGUAUAUAAAAGCAGUUUCCAGAAGACAAGGGACAAUAAUUUUAAUAUAUGGAUAUUGAAUGAUAUUAAAUACAUACUUUUUAAGUCCCUUAGAAGUGUGAAAGAGUGCCUACAUUUUUCAAAAUCUAUCCAUCAUCUUAAAAUAUUACUUUUACAUUAUCUUUUUCUGCUGCAAGUAAAAUAUCUUAAUGUGGAAAAAUAAAGGCAACUGAUUUAUAUCUCAGAGGGAAAAUUUUUUUACAAACUAUUUAGGAUGGAAAAUUGAGAUGGUUAGUCUUGACUAGUAUGUUGUCAAUUAUGCUAUGCUAGCUAUGCUAUGCUAUCUUCUCUGGUUAUGAUCAUUUGUUUGACAUUAGGGUUAAUUCAGUCUUUCAUUUAGGUAGCAUUGAUCUUCUGGUGCCAGUCUUGCUCAGAGAAUGGAUCGGUAAUCAGUUUCAAGAGCACCUUUCAAUUCAGCAGUAAGAGAAUCCAACAUGAAGUCCGUUCCCUGCUGUCUUUUCUGUUAGUGUACCAUUAAUUUUGCUGCUAAGGUGUGGUGAGGACAUUCCUACAUUAGGCAAGUCAUGAGGAAAACAUGCAGAUUCUGAGAACUGCAUUAAGACCUCAAAGACAACUUGAAUGAAUGAGAUCCCAUGUCUAUAAUAUAUUAUCUGCUUUGUUUAUGAGUCAUGACUAAUAAUAGCUAAUAGAUACUUCCCUAAAUUGAUUGCGUACUCAACUAGAUAAUCUGACUUGAUGAAGGUAGUGCACAGUCUCUUCUGUUACUGUAUAUUAAAUAUAAAACAAAACAUUAGGUUUCAUGCUUAUGGUUCUUGUUUGUGUAACCUUUUUGCUUAAGUAUUUCUUUCAAGGAAAACAGGUCAAGGAGAUAGCUGGGCCCAGUCCUCAAAUCAGAUGUAUGGAGACAUUUGUUAGUCUGCAUGCAUUUUAACAACCAAUUGACUAAUGUUAAUAUGAACAGAAAUAUACAUGUAACACAGCUUUCUUUACAAUUUUGCUUUCUAUUUCAGAGAAACUUUUCCCUUCUGAAAUCCCUCAAAAUAGUUUUUAAACACAAAACAAAAUGAAACCAAACUGUAAUAACUUUUAUUAUAAAAUUGUAAUUGUGUCACCUAUUUCAUACUCAUUCAUAUAAUUAUAAUGCAAUAGGCUGUACGUUGAGAGAUAAAAACAAUGAGAACUACUAUCUGGUCUUGUUUUUUAAAAAAUUAGUGAUAGCUUCAUUACUCCAGUACUAUUAAUUGGUUUCUAUCAUUCUUUUAGUAACAGUAAUAAUGGCAAACCCCUAAAACUAGUAAAACAAUAAUAAUGGCAAACCCCUAAAACUAGAAAAUAUUUCAGUUUAACUUCUGUGGUUGUUUAGAUGAGCAAGUUGUUUUUAUGAACACAAUUCAGCUUGCUUGUAGACAGUUCAAAGGAAUAUAUUCCUUUUCUACUGCAAUAAUUUAUCACAUUUGAAAUGUAGAAAGCACUGUGAUAGGAUAAAGCGAGGAUCAGUAAUGAUAUACUCCUUUAUAUCUCGAAUUUUCACACAAUUCUCUAUGCUCAGGUUACAGUCCAAAAUACUUCUUUUUGCUAGUAAGAACAGCCCAUUAUCACAUUUAAUUGGAGUGAUCAUUUGAAAAGAAAUUUCAAAAUUUCUCAAAAUUUACUUCUUAGAUCAUAAACAGGAACUUUGAUAAUUUUUGGCUUUUGUUCACCUUAAAUUUCAGCCUUUUGCCUUAAUUUUCCACUGGGAAUAUUGGGUUAGGUCCAGACUGUUAUUUGUCAGCAGGACUGUCCCAGAAUUGAAUAAUGCAGUAUACUCUUUCUGCUGGAAAAUGGGGAAAGCAAAAGAAGAUUGGGGGGUCAGAUGGAAUAUUACUGGAAGAGAGGAAUUAGUGAAAAUUCUCCUCUCCCCAUUUAUUCUUCAGAAAGGAAAAACUAAGGAGGAUAAUGCCUCAUCUCACUAAGUUGUGGCUUCUCAACUUAAUAUAAAUUAGCACAAAAGUUCCUAUAUUAUUUCCUAUUAAAGUGAUUGAAAGAAUGAAAUAAGAAAACAAAAGGUUGAUUUGUUAAGAUUUUUUUCUUAACACCUGAAAGACACACUGUAUAGCACUAAAACAAGUGAACCCAUUAUACAGUUGCUGUUGCUAGGUAGAAAUAAUUUUUAGGGGCCAAGAAUAUGGAUUGCCCGUUUCCAUCCUGGAGCAGAACAUGGAACACAUAACAGGGAACACAGUCCAUUGGAGAUUGAUCUUUGCUGAAUUGUGUCUGUUUUGUGUGCUUAUAUUUAAGUAUUUCAUUUCAGUUUGGCAUAAAGUGGGAGCCAUUGAGUCCUUCCCAUUUCUCUCUCAUUUGCAAAGUAACAGCUUAGGUCUCAGAUUUAGGUCUAGAUUUCAGCUAUCUGGACUAGUACAAAGAAUAGUAAUAUUAAUGUUGUGUUGACAAAUGAAAGCUUGCCUUAAAAGGGACAUGUUACACAGCUCCUUGGAUUCUCUAGAAUAGAAUUAUGCAUCCAGAUGGCUUUCUAAUCUCUGGUUGCAUGUUGUUCCUCAGUGAUCAGAAAGCAAAUAUCUAAAUCUUUCCCUUUAUUAGUGAAUUAUCCAUGGCCUGUUAUGUUUUAUGUUUGUCUUUUUUAUUGCAAAAAAAUAUAUCCAAAUAAAUUAAAAUUAAAUUUCAAAGCCGGGGUGACCAUAUUAACUUGAAAAUUCUCAACAGUCUGUUUUUCAAAUUAGAAGAGCCAACCAUUAUUCAUUCAGAAAAUACUAUUUCAAGGAUAAUACAGUGAAUUGAGAUAAAAACAUAUUCUGAAGAGGUAACUUAGUAGCAUCAAGAAUUUCAAACUUUUCUUACCUUGCGUUCAGAGUUCAGAUUAGAUGUCUUACCAUUUUUGCUUAGUCACUCAGAAACAUAAGGUAUUGACAAUGGUGUCUUUAUAAUGCUCAUUUGUACAUAAAGAUGUAGUUAUUUAUUUUACCCCAUUUGUAUCAUAUCAAGUUUUUGUAAAUGUUUUGAGUUCUGUUUUUAAAUUAUUUUGUAUUUUAUUUUUAUAAACUGGUUCUAAAUAAAAAUCAUUCAGCAUGCAAACAACA